AUGGAUUUCAGAAAAAUCAAGGUGCUUGUUUGCCUUGUGGGGCUCAGCUUUGCCAGCUUAUGUUAUUUUUACACGAAUUUGACUGGACUCUCUAUAUUCUAUGGCAAAAAACAAAAGUGUACACUACAAACAUUUAGAAGAAUUGAAGGAAACUUCUUGCAGCUCCCAGAUAUAGAUUGCCGUAAGGACCCACCUUUCCUUGUACUACUUGUGGCAUCCUCAUGUCAAGGCAUUGAUGCCAGGAUGGUCAUCCGGCAAACCUGGGGGAAGGAGAGAACGGUGGCUGGCAAGCGUCUAGUGACGUAUUUCCUCCUGGGAACCCCUGUGAAUCUUGGGCAGCAGGCUGACAUCGAUGCUGAAAGCCAAAAAUACAAAGACAUUAUUCAAAAGGAUUUUACGGACACAUACUACAAUUUGACUUUAAAGACCAUGAUGGGAAUUGAAUGGGUUCACCAGUUUUGUAACCAGUCCAGCUUUGUGAUGAAAACUGACACAGAUGUGUUUGUCAAUGUUUUUUACCUCACUGAGCUGCUUCUAAAGAAAAAGAGGACCACAGGGCUUUACACAGGCUUUCUGAAACUGCAUGAGCAACCCAUAAGGAAAAACGAAAGCAAGUGGAACGUGAGGAUAGAAGAAUACUCGGGUAAGACCUACCCGCCAUUUUGUUCAGGGACUGGCUAUGUUUUAUCCACCGAUGUUGCUAGUAAGAUCUAUAAUGUUUCGGAGAGCAUUUCAUUCAUCAAACUGGAGGAUGUGUUCAUAGGACUGUGCCUUGACAAAUUAAAAAUUCAGCCUGAGGAGCUUCAUUCAGAACAGACAUUUUUUCCAGACAAGAUUCCAUUCUCUGUUUCUCGGUUUAAGAAAAUUGUGACUUGCCAUAAAGUAAGCUUAUCUGAACAGCAGAGCUACUGGAAUCGUUUAGUGACAGAAGAACAUGAGAAAGUGCUCUAGCACCUUCCCUGAUUGAAUUAACAAACUGAAAUGCUUUGAAUUUACAGGGCUGCUCUUGACUCCAGCAAAACUCACAGUUAAUUCUACAUCCAUUAUGUUGAAGACAUUUCUUACGGUUUUAGUCCCCAUUUCUGCCUCAGAGCAUUGUAACAUCUUUCUCUCCCAUUCACUUCUACCUCUUUCCAUCCCUUCUCUACAUAAGCAACUUUUUUUUUUUUUUUUUCCCUUUUCCUGGAAGAUGGAGGCCCACAGAGGUGCCUUCUCCAUGGACUAGCUCUCAAAAUCAUGCUGCUACUGGACAGGGAAUAUUUAUGUGGUGCAAAAACAAACAAACAAAAAACAACAAGGUACUUUCACUUAGAGAAACUAAUUGCACCCUCUUCCCAAUCUCUCUUAAGAGGUUACUGCAUGUGCUUCCAUCUGGACAGGCAUUUAAGAAAAGUUGCUUGUAGCUAUCAAGGUGUUCCCCUCCUGGCACAGGGAACUGUAGCUGUGCACUAGCAGAACUGUGUAGUGGCAGAGAUCUCCCAUUCAGCCAACACAGAUUUUCUUUCUGAGGUGAAAGAAUUUGCCCAUGCAGCACUCUUGGGACAGCUUUAGGUAUAGCAAGUCACUUUAUUAAUGUGUAAGCCUACUGAAUUAUUUCCUUAUGCGUGCCUCCCAAUGGAAAUGAUUGCGUGAUAGAGCUGGAUCCAUAUCACAGAAUCAACCACAGACUGGUUGAGGCUGGCAGUGAGCUCUGGAGGUCAUCUGGCCCUACCCUAGCUUCAGCAGGGACUCUCAGGGCUGGGUGCCCAGGCCCAUGUCCAGGGAGCUUCUGAAGAUCUCCAAGGAGGAGACUCUACAGCCUCUCUGGGCAACCUGUGCCAAUGCUCUGUCAUCUGUACAUCACAGAAUAUCCCUUGAGCCUUCUCUUCUCCAGGCUGAACAAGUCCAGCUCUCUCAGCCUUUCCUUGUAGAAGUGAUGAUUCAGUCCCUUUGUCAUCUCAGUGGUCUUUUGUUGGACUGUCUCCUGUAUGUCCAUGAGGAGCCUCAGUGAAAAGUGUCCUGGUCUUUGCAUUACAAUGAAUGUAGGAGAUAUGUUUUAUGUUUGUGGUUCACUUUGAUGGAUUGACAGCUACUGUAAAUGAUUGAUCAAAGAUAAACUACAGUCCCUUACUGUAGGGAGAUAAACAGUACAUCUCAUUUAGACAUUUUCCCUAUGAGGAACUGGUUAUGUAUGGUGGAGAAGUUAGGAGGAUUUUUCUUUUUUCUUUUUUAAACAGGACUUAGUGAGAAAAUGUGUCAAAGUAAUCAUUCAGACUACCAAUCUCAUUUCUUGUUUGAUUAGCAAGAAAAACUCAGAAAUCUUUAGGAUAUUUUAAGGUUUCAUAGAUAAGGAAUUAAGCCCUUACAGCAGAUAUGGUGGAAAAUACAUUCGGGUUCUGGGAAGGGAAUCAGGAGUUCAUAAAAUCAUGCCUUAUACAGUACUCCUAUUUCAUUGAAUUGCACACAAAGAUCAGUUUUACCAUCAAAGAAGUAGUAAAAAUGUAAAGUUGGAACACAGUUCUUAUGAGGAGCAACUGAGGGAACUGAGAUUAUUCAGUACUGAGAAGAGAAAGCUCAGGGGAGACCUUAUCACUCCCUACGACAACCUGGAAAGAGGCUGUGGAGAGGUGGGGGUUGGCCUCUUCUCCCAGGUAGUAACAGUGAUAGGAUGAGAGAGAAUGGCCUCAAGUUGCAUGAGGGGGUGUUCAGGUUGAAUAUUAGGGAAAACUUAUGCUCAGAAACAGAGGUGAGGCACUGGCUCAAAUAAAGGUAGGGGUCUAAUGGGUAAUUAGGCUGGGUGAAAAAGCAAGUACUGUCAGCCUUCCUGAGACUUUCUGAGGGGGUCAGAUGGAAAGACCCAGCAACAAAAACAGCAAGGAGUGAUUUAGAUGUUUUGGUCUUUCAGGGUUUCCAUGACACUUUCUAAUACAAUAAUUCAGAAAUUCUGAUACAGCAUUCUGUUACUUUGGUUUUGUUUAUUUUUCUUAUUUCUGUUCUUUUUAUUUAACUUAGUGACAAUUGUGUAAGUGUCCUUUUUCACUUACCUGUGCCUGAAGAGCAGGAUAAAUAUUUUCAGCAGGAACAAGCCCCAUCCCGAUAGAUGUUGACAGUGCAUUUUCUUCUGACAUAAAGUAAAUGAAAGUCAUGCACUGUUUUUUGACAGCUGAUAAUGAAAGAAUUUUAUUUUUUUUUUAGAAGAAUAACCUGCUCUCUUUUAAGUUGCUCAUUCAGAAAAUAGCCACGUGUAUAGUAUCAGCAGGGACAUGGCUAACCAGGUGGUUGAGUGGGUAGCAAAGGAGAUGUUUGCCUUCCCCUAGCACAUACAUCCAGGCUCAACCAACAGCAUCUCCAGCUUGGAGAUACAUCUGCCCUUGGACUCAAAACCCUGUUAUAUCACAUUUGAUUUUGUUCCAGCUUUCAGUAGGUGCAAAGGCUUAGACUAAACAAGCCUAACAGCAGCAUUUAAAUCACUAUUAUUUCCAUGUAACUUGUAGAAAUGUCAUUUUUCUUUGCUGUUCAUUGUUUGCCAUUAUUGUACUCAAGGUGUAAGCUUGCUAUUGUACUACUGGAAUUACUGCAUUCAGUUCUGAGGCUCUCAGCAUAAGAAGGACAUGGACCUGUGCACGGUGGUCCAGGGCAGGGACACAAGGAUGCUCCUGUCCUCUGAAGUAAGGUUGAUGGAGCUGGGCUUGUUCAGCCUGGAGAAGAGGAUGCUCCAGAGAAACCUUAUAGUGGCCUUCCAGUACCUAAAGGGGGCCUACAGGGUCUGCAGCUGAAGAUAAACACUUUAUCAGGGAGUGUAGUGAUAGGACAAAGUGUAACAGUUUUAAUGCAAAAGAGAGGAUAUUUAUAAUAGAUUUAAGGAAGAAAUUACUUGCUAAGAGUGUGAUGAGACACUGGAAUAGGCUGUCCAGAGAAGCUGGAUGUCCCAUCCCUAGAGGUGAGUAAAUGGCCUCAACUUGUGCGAGGGGAGGUUCAGGUUGGAUAUUAGGAAAAAACAGAAAGAAUGGUGAGGCACUGG